AAAACUUGCAAACCAAACUGCCCAGAUGGAUAUUUUGCAAAAGCUAAAGUUUGCACCGUUUGUCCAGAUAAUUGCAAAACUUGCACUGAGGAAACAAAGUGCACUGCUUGCAAAGACGAUUCGUUGAUGGUAGAAGACACCAAAAUGUGUGUGAAAGACAACUGUCCAGAAAUGUAUUACAAAUCUGAAGCCGACAAAAUGUGCAAGAAAUGCACUGACAAAUGUAAAGUCUGCAGUAAUGCAAAUGAUUGCCAAGAAUGUGUUUCACCAAACAUGUUGGAGGAGGGAACCAUGAAAUGUGUUGACAAAUGUGAAGACGGGUUCUAUAAAGCAAACGCAACCAAUUGUGAUAUGUGCAUGGAUAAGUGCAUGAUGUGUGCAGCCAAAGAAAAGUGCGACAAGUGCAAAGAAAACUUUUUCCUAUCUGAAGACAAAUGUGUUGACAUUUGCCCAGAAAAGUACUUUGAAAAAGAAGGAAAGUGCGAGAAGUGCAAAGACAAAUACGACACUCCAUGCAAAGAAGGUGACAAGGAAUGUGAAGUUUGUGUGAACAAAAGUGGGUCGUUUGGAACUUACGUUCUCGCUUUGGUAUUAGUCUUGAUGAUCGUUUUCUAA